CGGUGUGUUGUGGGAGCCGGUGAGGCCCCGCCCUCUGAUGGUGUGAGCAGGCGUGCGGCCCACAGUUCCGGCGGCCGGGCGGCGGGAAGGCGAAAUGGGCUACAGCGACAUCAUGGGCGCGGCGGAGGACAUCGCUGACCAGUUUCUGCGGAUGACCAAGCAUUACCUGCCUCACCUUGCGCGCCUGUGUCUAAUAAGCACCUUUCUAGAGGAUGGGAUUCGUAUGUGGUUUCAGUGGAAUGAGCAGCGGGAUUAUAUCGAGGCUACCUGGAAUUGUGGCUAUUUCCUGGCUAUCUGCUUUGUACUGAUCAAUCUCUUUGGACAGUUAGGUGGAUGUAUCCUGAUAUUAAGUCGAAACUUUGUACAGUAUGCCUGCUUUGGACUGUUUGGAAUUAUAGGAUUACAGACUGUUGCCUACAGUAUCUUAUGGGACCUGAAGUUCCUGAUGAGAAACCUGGCCCUAGGGGGAGGCUUGCUGCUGUUGCUGGCUGAGUCCCGAUCAGAAGGUAAAAGCAUGUUUGCUGGCGUUCCAACAAUCAGCGAGAGCUCCCCAAAACAAUACAUGCAGCUGGGAGGUCGUGUCCUGCUCAUCCUGAUGUUCAUGACCUUGUUGCAUUUUAACGCCAACUUCUUCUCGAUUAUCCAGAACGUGGUGGGAACAGGUUUGAUCGUCCUGGUGGCAAUCGGCUUCAAAACGAAGUUGGCCGCUCUGACCUUGGUCAUCUGGCUCUUCAGCCUUAACCUCUACUUCAAUGCUUUCUGGACAAUCCCUGCCUACAAGCCCAUGCAUGACUUCCUGAAAUAUGACUUCUUCCAGAGCAUGUCUGUGAUUGGGGGGCUUCUGCUUGUGGUUGCACUGGGCCCUGGCGGUGUCUCAAUGGAUGAGAAGAAGAAAGAGUGGUGAUUGGUGUACCAUCUGCAAAACUGCUGCCACCCUCCAUCGGCCUUCCUUUCCCCACAACCACCACCUUUCAUCCCUCCCCUCUUCCUUAUUAACCAUCCAUCCCCACUGUUUUGUACAGUUUACAGGAUGUACUUUGACCCAGAUUUCAAUGCAUUCUCAUUCAGGGUCCGUAAUGUUCCACUGCUCGUUGGUAACCUUACAAAACACAGCCUUCUGUUGGCUUUCGGAGAUAAAAGACGAUUGUAAAUUUACAAUGUCCCAACAGAAAAGUCUUUCAGGUUCAGAUUUUUGACAUUAGCUGUGUAUUAAAGAAUUAACUGCCCCUCUUUGUUUUUUUUAAAGUUAAAAUGAAGCCCCAGUUCAGGUUCCUGCUACUGUGUAGAGUUAGUUCUCUCUGCGUAUUGUCCCAGGAGGAAAGGAAUUGGAAUAUUUUCCUACUCUCAUGAGUCAACUUGUAGCUAUUAUACCUCCUUAUUUAAUUACAUUUCACUAAAAAUGGUUAUGUUCUCCAACACUAAGUUGUGCCAAAAUGAGGUACCCUUAUUGAUUAAAGUCCCUCCCUGGCUCUGUCUGUCCAAACUACCAGCUGAGGAUCAACUCCUAGUGUUGUUCAUCCUUUCUCUGAGAAUGCAGUUUCUGUAACCUUUACUGAUCUCAGCUGUCAGUAGAUGCUGAGAUCAUGGGACAGACAUUCCCAAAGGCUGUUACCAAACCCCAGGACCCUCUUGCUAGAUGUUUAAAAGUGGCCAGUGCAAACUGCCUGUGUAGUUGAUGUACGUGCCAGGUGAUUCUGAAAGGACUGGGGUUUGAUUUCCCCAGUGUCUGUGGAGGUAUUGAUUGAAGUUGUUGCUUUGAUAAUCACUGAGGGUUAAGAAGGGGAAACUGACUCAGAUUUUUAGGUCCUCAUCCAAUUGGGCAUGUGAGUAAAAGCAUGCUCGUGUGUAUUUAAUGUGUUUACUAGGUUCAGCUUGACUCCCAUCUACCAUAUCUUAAUACCUAUCCAUCACUCUUCAGGCUCAGAGUGCCCUUGUUGCUUGAGAUAUGUGUGGAAACUGCCAGACAGAGCCAGUCCCUUCUAUAGAAGGAUAAUGCUGAAUAUCACUGCCAGCACCAUCGCAAAGUGUAGUGGGAGAGUGAAUGACCUGCUACAUUUCCAAGUUAAUUUUGCAGUGGAUUACUGAUCAUGUUAAUGAUGGAUUUGGUAUUAACAUAUACUGCCACUGAAUAUUCCUGUUUCAAAAUUAAUCUUGCUGUGGCUGUAAUUUUCAAAAAUGUGUUAAGUUCUGCUUCCUGUUUUUAAAACAGUGGUUGCAUUAUUUAUCUUUCCCUUGACGUUGCAACUUGGUAUUCUGCUAGGUUUAGUAGACGCUGCACAGUGGCAGAAAUGGGUGACACUUCAUGGCUGGCCCCUAUACAAGUUGUUUCUGUUUCAAACAGAAAUAUUUUCAAAAUGUUCAGGCACCCCAGACCUCACCUCCCUUCCUCCUCACCAGUGACUCUUACAUGGAAUAGUAUGAAACACAAGCAUCAAACUUGACUGUGAUAUCCUCUGCAAUUGAAAAGCUGAAAUAAACAGCCAGCAUCCAAUGCACUGGGAAUUCCUGACAAAGUUCACUUCAAGAGAGGAGGGAUAGAAAAUAAUUUAUAAAAACAGCAAUAAAGAUGGACUCAUUCUGAAGCCACUCAGUGCAAUAAUUGUGUCAGUAUUAGUCAACGUGCCUGAUUGGCAGGAGGGAGGGGUGGUACAGGGCAUACCUGCAUUUCUGCUGGGAAUGUGUUUACACAGCUUAUUUUUUUUCUUUAAAAAUGUUCACAAGUCGAGUACAAGGUCACUGGAGUAGAGGCAAGCUCUUGCUGCUGUUAUGGCCACAGCAGCUCCAACCAUUGGGUAACUGUUAGUGCAAAAUUCCAGGAACCUUUGUUCUCUUCUGAAAAUUGUGCUGUUGAGUUUGUUGUUAAAUAAAAGCUGUGAAUUUCCCUGCA